GACUUUUAUGGGAUCAAUAUAAAAAUUAUUAUAUUGGUUACUUGGAUUUUGAAGAUAAGAUGAAUGAGUAUCAGGAAUUUGCAUUGCAAUGUCAACUUGAAAUAGAAUCAACAAAUUCUUCAUUUAAUAAUGUAAUAAUUAAUAAUAUUACAGUACAUAGUCUAAAUAUUUUAAUUUUUGAAUUAGCAACAAAAUUGGAAUAUGUAGGUAUACAUAUUAUAGGUUUAAUAUAUGAUGGAACAGGAGAAAAUUGGGCAUAUAUUAAAAGUUUUGAUUGGUAUAUAUCAAAAUGGACAUGUAGUGAUAUUGUUGAGGUUAACUUUAAUAAAGAUAAGAAAUCUUUCUAUAAAACAAAAAUAAUAGAAAGUAAUUUUGAAAAAAUAAAAUUUAUUAUUAGCUUGCUUGACAAUUCUGAAACAAUAGAAGUUAAUCAAAAAUAUAUUCGUCUACUAAUACUAUCUAAAUCAAAAUGGAAAAUUAAUGAAAUGUGUAAAUAUAAAAGUUUUAAAGAUAAUCAAUGGUAUUUAACAAAAAUAGUUGAUUAUAAUUUAGAUGAUAUAAUUAUAGAAAUUUCUAAAAAUAUGGAAAAAUGGAAAGUUUUUAAUCAAUAUAUCAAUAAUUUUCUUCCACCUGUUUAUAAUGUACAUAAACUUUCAGCCUAUUACAAAUCAGUAAAUCCAAUUAUGGGAAAAGAUUAG